AUGGCUCCCUUCUUCCAAAAGCGACUGCGAUGCUUCUACUGCGGCGGAAACUCUAGGCAGAUAUACAAGAACGCCGUCCGGCGGUGGAAAUGCGAGAGCUGUCAGGCUGUCAACUAUCUAGACGAAAAUGGCGAAAUAACCGAUCCCCCGGUCGCUGAAGUGUCGACAGAGAAGCGGUUCCAUCGGUACGCUGCUCCCGUCUCGCCGUCAAUAUCAUCGCUAUCGCAAUCCUUCGAGGAGCAGCCUGAGCAACCAAGCGCAGCCGACUCUGCCAUCUUCUGCUCUACCUGCCAGAAGAACCAGUAUCUCUUCACCCAGACACUGGCUUCGUAUCUCCCGGACCCGUCACACCCCGAAUAUGCGGCCUACGAGAAGUCAUAUCCGUCUUAUAAACGGAGCUUGGAGGAGCGCUACCCGCAGGUGUGCGAGAAAUGCAAGCCGCGGGUCAUCGAUCGCAUCAGACAAGCCGGAUACGCAGCUAAGACAGACCAUCUGCGGCGCAUGAUGGAACGUAGCAAGGGUAAAUCAACCCGGAAGCGAAGACAGAUGUGGAAGUGGAAGGGCCUGUUGGUGUCUACGGGGGCCUUUUCGUUCUGGUCAAGUGUUGCCGGCCAACUAGUCUGGGACGUCGUCGCCUUUACAUCUUCCGCUUACGAACUGCAGGAGGUAGAGGUGGCUUCAAUGUCGAUGUCCUCUCUCGGAAGCCACUGCGUUUCUAGCUCCAUCCAAAAACUUCGCAUUCCCGGAGAAUGUGCUACGUUUCUUGCACCUUAUGCCGGCCUCUCGUUGAUUCUCGGCGCAUUUGCCCUCUGGUGGAAUCCGAAGCUCAGACUGAAAGUUGAAGGCCAUCAUGGCCGGUUGAUUGGGCUACGAGAGUACUAUCGUAUUCAGAUUGUUGCUCUCAUGGUCAGGUUCAUGGCGUGGGCCGGUUUGCAAGAUCCUGCAAUCACGGGCCUGCAUCCCCAGUUAAACCCGUCGAUACAUGCUUUUGUGGCUAUAUUUACCUUGAUUACUACCUUUGCAUCAACAUCUACUAUCAAAUUCGAGAAGAGACCGCUUGUUGAUUGGCAUGAUCAUACCGAGGAAUUGUUAUCCAGUACAAACAGCAGCGCUGGAACGCAGUUGAAGAGUCCUCCAGAGCCACAAGCCUCUGAGAUAGGCAGACAGUCAAUUCCUAAGCGAUUCCCUAUUGCCAGCCUCGCGCCACGCCGUUUGGCUACCCCCGAGCCAUACAUCCCACCAACUCCUCCACUAGACUCUCGACAGGAAGAUGUCGAUGCGAUGGACUGGACUCCAUCCCGGCCGUCUCUGCAAGUCCCGGUUAAACCUACAAGUCAGCAGGCACCAGCACUUUCUUCUUCAGUGCUCUUCCAGGGCCCGCUACCCCAAGUGCCAAAACCACCAUCAUGGAAUCUUCGGAACCCAGUUGCGGGAAAGGUGGAACAGGUCCAGAAAAAACCCAACCCAUUCCACCAAGCUCCUGUCUUACAGCCUACACGACCCUCUUUAGAGGAAGAUGAGACUGAGACGGAGAAUGAGGAAGAUCAGAAGCAUAAGCCGGCCCGGACUGAUGCUGUCUUCGCGGCGCCUAAAUUUUUCCCGCCCGGACUAACAGCCGAAACUGGCCUGGAGAACCUGUUUGACCAAGCUUUCUCCAUCGCCGAUGGACCGAGUGCCCAACAGAACCAGUCUGGUCAAGCUUCUAUCAACCAGAAGUCUGCAGCUCCUGGAAACAAGCCAACACAUGUCUUGCGAUUUACUCUCCUGCUAUCCUGUCUGGUCUUGUGGAUGAGCACCAAGGUAUAUACCGAGCCCGCAAAGUCUAUUGAGUCAGUGAUACUUGGUAUAUCCUUCCUUGUUGCUGCCUUUUCAUUUUUGGAGACCCUGAUGAAGCCAAUGGUAGUCUGGAAUGUGACCGAGAUCUUGCUGUCUAUGUUUGAAUUGGUAUCUUGUGUUUACCUGGCUGUAAUCCAGGCUCGUCAACUUGACAGCCCCGUAGGCCUGGAUAAUGCUGGGAUAUAUUUGGUUUCUUUCAUGAUGGGACAUGAAAUGUUUGGACUUGGGCCUCUUCUGGCCCCUCACACAAGCCUGGCAGAGCCCAAAAAUACUACUAAAGCCGCCGAUUCAGAGACAAAGACAGACAAGAAGCCUUCUUCUCCUACGUCAUCCGCAGCCGGAUCGUUUACUACCUUGAGCAUGAGCCAAAACAGCCUCUCUCCAGGCAGCCGGUACGCCGGUAGUCCCCAAGCGAGACGGCCACAGACUGCCAACAACAGGAUGAGUCCCUAUACCAACUCUCCACCAAGCGUUCUCCCCCAAAGACACCACAAUAGCUUUCCUGACUUUGCAACGCGAUUGAAGGCCACACCGCAGCCAUCAUUCACACCUACUACUGCAUUCGCAGGCUAUACUCCAGCCCCGGCCGCUAGGAGACCAAAGCCAACUCUGUCAUUCUCUUCGUCAUUUGACUCAGCUUUGCAAGACAGCCCCUUCUCCCCUACCUCUACAGCAUCAGACUCUGCCUCGUCAGUUGCAUCAGAAGUCCAAACACCCGUUUCCCGGCCUAAAUUUUCAAACAUAGGCCCUAGCAACCCCAGUCCCUCCAUUAUCAAAUCUCUAAACCUCAAUGACGGCCCAGCGCCUCGAGCCACGCCUAAUGCACGGUAUUCACUGCGUCAGAGGCGUAACUAA